AUGAAUAAACCAUAUAAUUACUUAUUCAAAUUCAUCAUUGUUGGAGACACAAGCGUUGGAAAGAGUUGCCUUCUACUUCAAUACGUUGAUAAAAAAUUUAGAACCGACCAUGAAGCCACCAUUGGUGUGGAAUUUGGUGCUAAGCAAAUGAUUAUCAAGUCUAAAGUAAUCAAAAUUCAAAUCUGGGACACAGCCGGUCAAGAGUCAUUCAGAUCCAUAACUAGAUCAUACUACAGAGGUUCUAUUGGUGCCAUAUUAGUCUAUGAUGUUACUAGAAGAGAAACCUUUGAAAAUGCUACUAUUUGGGUUAAUGAAAUCAAGAAAUAUGGCAAUGAUAACAUUGUGAUCAUUCUUGUUGCCAAUAAAACAGAUUUAAGUGAUAUUCGGAAAGUAUCAGAAGAUGAGGCAAAAGAAAUGGCAAAAUAAAAUGGUUUAGAAUACAUUGAAGUUUGUGCUAAAUAGAAUUACAAGGUUGAUGAAGCAUUUUAAAUAAUUACUGAGAAAAUAUAUAAGAAAAUUGAGUUAAACUAAAUUGAUCUAUCUAACGAAAAAUGCGGAGUUAAAUUAGGUUCUAAAGGUAGUUUCAUUGAAGAUAAUUAGUAAGAAGAAAAAAAGAGGUAAUCACUAUGUUGUUGA